GCGGGGGCGGUGGCAGGCGGGGGGCGGGGAGCCGAGCGCGAGAGGGAGGCGAGCGGCUAGACAUAGGCUCCGAGGCUCCAGCGAGCGAGCGACGAGCGAGCCCGGGAGGAAGGGAGCGAGCUAGCAGCCGCGCCGCCGCCUCGCAAUCCGCCGCCAUCCCGCCGCCUCCGCGCCCAACCGCAGCCCGACCGCCAUCGCCCGGCCCAGUCGCGCCCGCGGAAUCAGACCAGGCAGAUCGGGAGCGGUGCCGAGAAAAAUUUCCUUACUAGAUGACAUUUCAUCGCAAUGUCCGAUCGUUUGGGGCAAAUAACCAAGGGCAAGGAUGGGAAAAGCAAGUAUUCGACUCUCAGCCUGUUUGACAAGUAUAAAGGAAAAUCAGUAGACUCGAUCAGAUCCUCAGUUAUUCCUAGACAUGGCUUACAGAGUCUCGGGAAAGUUGCCACAGCCCGGCGUAUGCCACCGCCUGCAAACCUGCCAAGCUUGAAGUCUGAAAACAAAGGAAACGACCCCAACAUCGUUAUAGUACCCAAGGACGGAACGGGAUGGGGAAACAAGCAGGAUCAGCAAGACCCAAAGAGUUCCAGUGCGACGGCCUCUCAGCCGCCGGAGUUGCUGCCGCAGCCGGGUUUGCAGAAAUCUGUCUCCAAUUUGCAGAAACCGACACAGUCCAUCAGUCAGGAGAAUACAAAUUCAGCGCCAGGUGGACCAAAGUCAUGGGCACAGCUGAAUGGAAAGCCAUCAGGACACGAAGGUGGUUUAAGGGCCUCAAGCCGACUAUUAUCCUUCUCUCCCGAGGAAUUUCCGACGCUGAAAGCAGCUGGAGGGCAGGACAAGGCUGGCAAAGAAAAGGGCGUCUUAGAUCUGUCGUAUGGGCCAGGACCAAGCCUCCGCCCUCAGAAUGUGACAAGCUGGAGGGAGGGCGGUGGGCGAAACAUAAUUUCUGCCACGUCUCUGAGCGCCUCCCCAACUGAGCUGGGCAGCAGGAACUCGAGUGCGGGAGACGGAGCCCCCUCCUCGUCAUGUACCAGCGAUUCUAAGGACCCCUCUCUCCGCCCGGCUCAGCCUGUCCGAAAAGGGGCUUCACAGUUCAUGGGGAAUGUAUACCACCCACCUACAUACCAUGACAUGCUUCCUGCUUUUAUGUGUUCGCCACAGUCAUCAGAGAACCAGAGUACAGUGGAACGAGGAACUUUUCCCCUUCCCCAGCUCCGUCUUGAACCCCGUGUUCCUUUUAGACAGUUCCAGAUGAAUGACCAAGACGGAAAAGAAAACAGGCUGGGAAUGACCCGCCCGAUCCGUCCACUGAGGCAGCUGGUGGAACGGGCGCCGAGGCCCACCAUCAUCAACGCGGAGAACCUGAGGGGCCUUGACGACCUGGACACCGAUGCUGAUGACGGCUGGGCAGGCCUCCAUGAAGAAGUGGACUACUCGGAGAAGUUGAAGUUCAGUGAUGAUGAGGAGGAGGAGGAAGUUGUGAAGGAUGGCAGGCCAAAGUGGAACAGUUGGGACCCCAGGAGGCAGCGGCAGUUGUCAGUGAGCUCUGCAGACAGUGCUGAUGCCAAGCGCACCCAAGAGGAAGGAAAGGACUGGGGCGAAACAGGAGGCAGGACCCGUGUCGUCCGGAAGGUGCCAGAACCUCAGCCGCCUUCUAGGAAGCUUCACAGCUGGGUGUCAGGCCCUGACUACCAGAAGUCCUCCGUGGGCAGCGUGUUCCGGCAGCAGUCUGUCGAGGACAAAGAGGACAAGCCACCCCCGAGGCAGAAGUUCAUCCAGUCGGAGAUGUCCGAGGCCGUGGAGCGAGCCCGAAAGCGCCGGGAAGAGGAGGAGCGCCGGGCCCGGGAGGAGAGGUUGGCCGCCUGUGCCGCCAAACUCAAGCAGCUGGACCAGAAGUGCAGGCGGGCUCAGAAGGCGGGCGGGGCCCAGGAGCCGGCGGGGAAGGAGGCGCCCCGCUCUCCAGGUGCCCCGCAGGAGAAUGGCCCAGCUGUCCGCAGAGGCUCCCCCGAGUUCUCUGCCCAGGAAGCCCCCAACACGUUUUCGGAGGAAGCCCCUACAGCCCCUGCAGCUGUGGCUCAGAGCGGCGGUAGUGAGGAGGGGGCCAGGGAGCCUGGGUCCCCUGCGCAGGAGUUCAGCAAGUACCAGAAGUCGCUUCCGCCCAGGUUCCAGCGCCAGCAGCAGCAGGAGCAGCUGUACAAGAUGCAGCACUGGCAGCCGGUGUGCCCUCCGCCGUCCCACCCGCAGCGCCCCUUCUACCCGCACCAGCCUCAGGUGCUGGGCUUCGACCCCAGGUGGAUGGUGAUGCCUUCCUACGUGGACCCACGGAUCCCGCCCACGCGGACCCCGGUGGAUUUCUAUCCCUCAGCCCUGCAUCCCUCGGGAUUGAUGAAACCCAUGAUGGCCCAAGAUUCUCUCAGUGGAACUGGCUGUCGCUCUGAGGAUCAGAGCUGUGUGCCCCCACUGCCAGAAAGGAAAGUGACCGCCAUCGAUGCAGCCCCCGUGUGGAGCCCCGAGGGUUACAUGGCAUUGCAGAGCAAGGGCUACUCGCUCCCCCACCCGAAAUCCAGUGACACUUUGGCCAUGGACAUGCAUGUCAGGAAUGAAAGCUCUUACUCUGCCUCACCUGGAAGGUCAGGGGGCGUAAGUGCCCGGCGCAAUCUCCUUGAGGAGAGAGGGGAGGAGUACUUGAGUGCUUUUGACAAGAAGGCCCCAGCAGACUUUGACAGCUGUGUCUCUUCUCAAAGAAUAGGCCAGGAGCUUUUGUUUCCACCCCAAGAAAAUGUUCAGGAAGCAGGCGCACCUGGGAGUCACACCCCAAAUCUCAGGUGUUCCACACUGGAGCCCGACUUUGCCCCGGCUGAGAAAAAACCAGAGUAUAGUGAUUGGGACGUGAGCCGCCAGCCGAAGACCGCCGACCCAGACACCAGGGUCGAGAAGGAGGCGCCCCAGGAGGAACUGUCCUUCAGUGUCUCCUCCUGGGAGAAGGAAGGCAGCCCCGGCAGACAGCCGGCCCUGGAGCCCGCGUGGACGCCAGAAGCCCGGGGCGCCGGCAGCCAGCACCCUGAGCAGACCAGCAGGACCCGGAGGUCCGGCCCCAUCAAGAAGCCCGUCCUGAAGGCCCUCAAGGUGGAAGACAAGGAGAAGGAGCUCGACAAGAUGAAGCCGGAGCUGGGAGAGGGGAGCGCUCGCCUGGCUCGGGAGACGGGGCCCGUUUGCGAGACGGCCGAGGACCAGGACCAAGAGAACGACCCCGCGCUGGCCAACGUGGCCCCGGCCGCCUCGGAGGACCAGGGCUCGGCCCGUGCUGCCUUGGGCCGCGGGGCCAGCCGGCCGGAGGAGGAUGACAAGCCCGUCGGGGCCCGGGAGGCCAGCCCCUCCCGGGAGGCCAGCCACACACCGCCUACCAAGAGGAAUAACUGGAUCUUUAUUGACGAGGAGCAGGCCUUUGGGGGCCGGGGGCAGGCCCGGGGCCGCGGCCGCGGGUUCCGAGAGUUCACUUUCCGCGGGCGGCCCGCGGGCGGCGGCCUCUGUGGCGGGGGCGUCCUUGGGGCGCGCGGCCUCUACGGCAGCAGCCAGAGGAGCAGCCGCGGCCGGGGACCGCGAGAGUUCGGGCUGGCAGACGACUUCCCCCGGGCCAAGCCCCGGCGGAGGAUCGCCAGCGAGACCCACAGCGAGGGCUCUGAGUACGAGGAGCUUCCCAAGCGGCGGCGGCAGCGGGGCGCCGAGACCGGGGACGAGGGCGCGCUCCCGGAGAGGGAGGAGGCCGCCGGGAGGAAGGGCGACUUCAGGGAGUCCUGGCGGUCCGGCAGGAUGUACCCCGAGGACCACGGCGGGCCAGAGGCCAAGAACCGAGGCCCGCGGGCCUUCGGGCGCGCCCUCCCCCCGCGGCUGAGCAACUGCGCAUAUGGCCGGAGAACCUUCGCGGCCAAGGAGGCGGCCCCCUGGCCGAACCGGGGUCUGGGCGCCUCCUGGCAGGAGUCCGGCCCCCCCGACACGUGCGGGGCCCGGCGGCCCUCAGACAGAGACUACAUCCCGGACACCUACAGACACCCCGACGCCUUGGGCACCCGGGGCUUCGAGGAUGGCCGUGUGGAGGACAAGAGGGCCUUCUUCCAGGAUGACCACGCGGCAGAUUCCGAAAAUGCCGAGAACCGGCCCUUCAGGAGAAGACGGCCCCCGCGCCAGGACAAGCCCCCCCGCUUCCGGCGCCUUCGGCAGGAGCGGGAGGCCCUGGGCCUGUGGGGACCGGAGGAUGAGCAGCCCCUGCCGGCGGGCCAGUGGCCGGGCCGGCCCAGACCCUGUCCCGGGGACAGGAGCGGCACCACGGGCCGCAGGUCCCCCGAGCUCGCCUACCAGAACUCCUCGGACCACGCCAACGAGGAGUGGGAGACGGCCUCCGAGAGCAGCGACUUCAGCGAGAGGCGGGAGAGGCGGGACGGGCCCGGGCCCGAGCCCGAGCCCCAGGCCGACGGCCUGCCCGGGGCAAGCGCGGGUGAGAAGAAGGAGCUGGCCAAGCGGAGCUUCUCCGGCCAGAGACCCCUCGUUGACAGACAGAGCCGGAAGCUGGAGCCGGGAGGGUUUGGGGAGAAGUCUGUUAGGCCAGGUGGCGGUGAAACUUCUCCCCGUUAUGAGAGCCAUCAGAGUGGGACGCCUUUGAAAGCCAAAAGGUCCCCGGAUGACACCUUGCCUGGAGGCCUUGGCUGCAGCAGUGGGAGCGGCCACUACACGCUGGAGCGGGCAGCCCACGCCACCUCUGACAUCCCCGAAGCCUCCUGUGAGAAGGCAGAGGAGGCGGCCCAGCUGGCUGCCCAGAGGGCAGGCGAACAGGGAGAGACCAUGAAACCGUUUGACCUGAACUAUGGAAAUGCCAUCGUUGAAAACUGCGGUUCCAGCCCCGGAGAGGAGACUGAGGUGGGCUCUGUGGUGGGGGAAGGCUUCAUCGAAGUCCUGACCAAGAAGCAGCGCCGUGUGCUGGAGGAAGAGAGGAGAAGGAAGGAGCCAGCCGUGCAGGUACCUGUCAAAGGCCGAAGUCUUUCCUCUCGUAUUCCUCCUCGGUUUGCGAAAAAGCAGAACCACCUGUGCCUGGAGCAAGGUGAUGGAACUGUGCCUGGCAGUAGCCUGGGCACCGAGAUCUGGGAGAGCAGCGGCCAGGCAGCCCUCCCCAUUCAGGCCUCGACCGGCGACUCCUGGGCCAAAGCCACCACCGCCUUUGCCGGCACCGAGCCCGGCUCUGCCGAGCAGGGCUUUAAGAGCAGCCAGGGAGACAGCGGCGUUGACCUGAGCGCCGAGUCUCGGGAGUCCUCGGCGACCUCCUCGCAGCGCAGCUCCCCGUACGGCACUCUGAAACCCGAGGAGGUGAGCGGGCCCAGCCUGGAGCCCAAGGCCGAUGGCCACAAGGAGCAGACUCAGAAGCAGUCGGAGCCGAAGGAUUCCGAACAAGGCUCGGGACAGAGCAAGGAGCACAGACCAGGACCCAUCGGCAAUGAGCGGUCUCUGAAAAACAGGAAGGGCUCCGAGGGGGCUGAGCGGCUUCAAGGGGCUGUGGUCCCCCCUGUUAAUGGGGUGGAGAUUCACGUGGACUCCGUGCUGCCAGUGCCACCCAUUGAAUUUGGAGUCAAUCCAAAGGACUCUGAUUUCAGCUUGCAGCCCGCUUCUGCCUCUGGUCCCGCGGGGAAUCCAGUUGUCAAACUUCAGGACGCGUUGGCCAGUAACGCUGGGUUGGCACAGAGUAUUCCCAUUCUCCGGCGCGAUCAUCACAUCCAGAGGGCCAUCGGCCUCUCCCAGAUGUCCUUCCCCACCGCCGACCUCACUCUGAAGAUGGAGUCUGCGCGCAAGGCCUGGGAAAACUCGCCCAGUUUGCCGGAGCAGAGCUCCCCAGCAGGCGCUGGCUCGGGCCUGCAGCCGCCGUCCUCCGGGGCAGCCUCCAGCGGGGUCAGCUACAGCUCCUUCGGCGGGGUCUCCAUGCCCCCCAUGCCCGUGGCCUCGGUCGCACCUUCUGCGUCUCUUCCAGGCAACCACCUGCCACCUCUCUACCUGGAUGGCCAUGUGUUUGCAAGUCAGCCCCGGCUGGUUCCUCAGACGAUACCUCAGCAGCAGAGUUACCAACAGGCUGCCGCUGCCCAGCAGAUCCCAAUUUCCCUUCACACGUCUCUGCAAGCGCAAGCCCAGCUCGGACUGAGGGGCGGGCUCCCCGUCUCCCAGUCUCAGGAGAUCUUCAGCUCCUUACAGCCCUUCAGAUCUCAGGUGUACAUGCACCCCAGCCUGUCACCGCCCAGCACCAUGAUCCUCUCCGGAGGCACAGCCUUGAAGCCCCCCUACUCGGCGUUCCCAGGCAUGCAGCCCUUAGAGAUGGUGAAGCCCCAGUCCGGCUCGCCCUACCAGCCCAUGAGUGGAAACCAAGCCCUGGUCUACGAGGGCCAGCUCGGCCAGGCCGCCGGGCUCGGCGCCUCCCAGAUGUUGGACUCCCAGCUCCCACAGCAGCUGACGAUGCCGCUGCCUGGCUCCCAGCUGCCUCUGCCUCGGUAUGGCUCUGGGCAGCAGCCCCUGCUCCUGCCGCAGUCCAUCCAGCUGCCACAGGGGCAGAGCCUCUCUGUCGGGGCCCCCCGAAGAAUGCUCCCACCCGGGUCCCAGCCUUCGGUCCUUAACACCAGCAGAGAGUCUUCUCAGAUGGAGAUGAAGGGCUUCCACUUUGCCGACAGUAAACAGAAUGUUUCUUCAGGAGGCUCCAUGCCGUCACCGCAGACCUACAGUUCCAUAUCCGAGGAUUCGACCAACUGCAGGUCGUGUAGUACGUGCUUACUGAAAAGAAUCCACGUGCCUAGCUCUGCUAGCCCCAGUGGGAAGCCCUCUGGAUCAGCAGUUAACAUGGGCUCUGUGCAGGGACACUACGUUCAACAGGCAAAACAACGAGUGGAUGAAAAGCCCAGCCUGGGAGCUGUGAAGCUGCAGGAGGCCCCCUCAGCCGCUUCCCAGAUGAAGCGAACUGGAGCGAUCAAGCCCCGGGCAGUGAAGGUGGAGGAGAGCAAGGCCUGAAGAUGCUGGGCCUGGCCUGCCCGGAAGGACUGCUGCCCCUCGACCUCGCUGCCACCGGACGCUGGGGAGCCUCCCAGAUGGAUCCACCGUCCACCGACCUGGCCCGGACUGCGAGAUCUCCCUGCUCUCCUCCACUCCUGAAAGCUCCGUUGUCCAACCAGCUUGCACCCGUGGAUCUGUGGCAUUGACCUGCUUGGCUUUAAUACGAAACAAACGAAAAAGCAAAUGACUCCAUUCCCGCCUCCUUUCCGCCACGACCGUGGAGUGACCGAGCCGUCAUGCCGUGCAGAUUAACCCCGCCCUCCCCUCCUCAUCCUGCUCCUGGCAGCCACGGCGCCCUCCACCGAGCUUCCUUCCCUCCCCGCUUUCCGUCCCCGGGCACGGUGGUCUGGCAGCAGGGCCGUUUUAGUUGAGGCUUUUUGUUUUAAAAAGCAGCUAAAGGUUUUUACAAAAGAGAAAGGAAAAGAAAAACACAAGCUUCGUCUGUAGAGCUGGACUUUCAUAUGUUCUUUGCCAUCCUCUCCUGACCUCUCUUCUGUUCGGUAGUUUCCUUUUAACGUCUCUCCUGUUUAAUUUGAUACAUCACUGCGAUACCUUAAGAGAUGACUCUUGGGAACGUGCCCGCUCCUGCUCUCUCUCUCUCAGUUGAUUAACCUUUGAGGUUACUUGCAAAAAGAAGUGGUGACUUAAGACACCGCUCCUGAGCUUGGGAAGCGGUGGGGGGAGGGGUGGGGGGAGGUGGGAUGGCGUUUCAGUCGGCUUCCAGCCCCUGGCCUGAUGACCACAGGGACUUACGGGCAGCCCAGUGAAGCUGACGACGUUUUUAGCAUAAGAAUUACACAGAAUUUCUGUCUUGAACUCUUCAAAACUGGUGGGGACACUGACCGCUGGGCACCUGAGGUGAAUCAUGGAGCUAGAAGGCCCUGGCAUUUUCCAGUUUGGCCUGGACGGUGCGAACUGGCAGCACGAGCCCCCGUCAGUGUCUGCUUCUGGGGCUCCAGCACCCGCGGGGCCUGAUGUUUUCCCACGCGCUCCCUCUCCUCCGAGCUUUCCUCGUCCUUCCUGAGCUGCCUCUGUCUCUCUGGGUCCUCCUGUCCCUCCACCUCUCCCACAGCUCGUCACUGGAAGCCACGCACUUCCUCUGUGGUGACGGACGCGUGGACGGUUGUCACUAGAGACCGUGCAGUUCAUCCGCGUGGCAGUGAGCGCGUGGACGGGGGUUUGGUUGGGUCUGCGACAGAGGCGUGAGCUCUGGGAGGGCUUCCUUUUCUCCGCUCCCAGCAGCAGACCCAGGCUGUGGGGACAGAGAGGGCUGAGCUGGGCAGUGGGUCUCUUCAAGGACAGAGCAGUGUCCAAGGGGAGGGUGGGUUGCAGGGCUGACGGUGAUUCCCAGAACAGCCUGGGUAGCCUCGUAAGUCUGCAGAGCUGCCGUUAUCAGAGUCUUUGUGUGAGGCGUUUUAUGCUAGGCUUUUGUUUGUUUUUAAGGUAAGCAUUAGAAGGAAAUCAUCCCAAAUUCUGUCAUUCCAAGGAAAGGCGAGGGGAAAUUUGAAGUUUUGCUCACGCUCUCGGGAGUAACUAACCCGCCGUCUACCUGCCGUUGCUGGCGGGUCCAGGGGAGACCUGGCUCGGAGAAGGGGCAGUAGGCGAUCGGGGGCGUGCCCCACAGAGUCCACCCGCAGUGUCAUCAUAGGUGUGUGACAGUCACUCGGGCAGUGGUUCUAAACUCUGUCCAGUGUGGAACACGGGGAAAGACGCGCCUUAGGAACCGCGGAAGUCACUUGUUGCUCUUCACUGCUUUAAGGAAGUGGGGGAACAACAGCCUCCUGGCAAAGGGUGCAGGGCUCCUCCCCGUGUCAUGCGGGGAGGCCAGUUUUCUUGAAGGAUGCUUCACCGCUUGAUUGAUAAUGUUCAGCACUCCCCUCCUUGCCUCCGCCCUCAGGCCUUACUUCUCACUAGCUUGUUUUUUUUUUUUUCUCCUUCAUCCCCUGAAUCUUUACUCGAAGGCCCUUCUUGAAGGGCUGCCCACUGGCUCACCUGCUCUUGUCUCGCUUCCCCUGCGAGUGCCUAGCUGCCGUCCCCGCACCCAGCCGCCCUGACCGAGCUCCUCUCCGCUCCGGCCGCCCCUGCAGAGGCCACACACUCACACUUAGAAACACGGCCAGACCCCUCACACCUAAUUCCAGUGCACAUUGUCAAAAGGAAAAAAGGCUUUCUCAUUUUGAAAUUGAACAGGACAGUCCUGGAUGCUGUUACAAACUCUCAAGAUGUAUCCUUCAGGUGAACCUGCCAUCAGAGUGACGGUACUUCCUGUUUGAGAAAAAAUAAAAAUGAAAGGGUCA